AGCUUAAACACACAAUUGUUCAUCCAGUCCUUACAAAUCUCGGACACUUUCGAGCAGAGUGGAUCUCUCGGGGCUUUGAUGUCACCGACUCGCAGACUUACGUCGCUCCACUCCGAGUACUCCGGAGUACAAAUGUCUAGACCUCCCAUCCUCCUCUCUCCCUAGCAUACCGUAUACGCAUCUCACGUCCAACCUCACCAUCAGAAAACCGCCAAAAUGCCCACCGAAGCCCGCCAAUGGAUCCUCAACUCCAAGCCCACCGCGGCUCCCGUCCUGGACGGCCCCAACCCAACCUUCAAACUCACAACGGCCCCCCUCUCCAAACCUAGCUCCACGCAAGCCCUCGUGAAAACCAUCAUGCUCUCCAACGACCCCGCACAACGAACCUGGAUCUCCGCGGGAGCCGACCCGGAGCGCAUGUACUACCCACCCGUCCCCGAGGGCCAGCCCAUGGCCUCCAACGGUCUCGCAGAGGUGAUCGAGUCUGGGAACGAGGCUGAGCUGCCCGUUGGUAGCAUCGUCAUGGCCAGCACGAAUUGGACGGAUUACUCGGUUCAGGAGAUUAAGAAGUGCCAGGUGAUUAAGAGUAUUGAGGGGCUGGAUCUGGGGCACUUCCUUGGUGCGUUGGGGUUGACCGGGGUGACGGCGUACUAUGGAAUUAAGGAGGUUGCGGGGGCCACCAAGGAUGAUACGGUUGUUGUUUCUGGGGCUGCGGGUGCCACCGGCAGUAUGGUUGUGCAGAUUGCGAAGAAGAUUAUUGGGUGCAAGCGGGUCAUUGGUAUCGCAGGAAGCGACGACAAGUGCCGCUGGGUUGAGAAGCUCGGCGCGGACGCCUGUAUCAACUACAAGAAGGAUUCCUUCAAGCAGGAUCUCAUCCGCGAGACUGAUGGUUUCGUCGAGGUCUACUUUGACAAUGUCGGCGGCGAAAUCCUUGACCUAAUGCUCACCCGCAUGAAGCGCCACGGACGCAUUGCGGUUUGCGGCUCAAUCGCCGAUUAUAACAAGGGUGAAUCCGCGGGCCUCAAGAACGCCUUUAAAAUCAUCACCAACCGCCUGCACAUCCACGGCUUCGUCGUGCUGGACUACCUGCACAAGUUCUCCGAUGUUGUCAGCGAGAUCGUUGGCGCGUGGAAGGAGGGCAAGAUCAUCAUCGACGACUCGAUGCAGACCGUUGUUGAUACCAAGUUUGAGGAUGUGCCCAAGACGUGGAUGAAGUUGUUUGAGGGCGCCAACACGGGGAAGCUUAUUACCAAGAUCGUCCAGUAGACCUAUUAAUACGGAGGUAGCUGGUGGUUGAUGUACUGUAUGUAUUGUAAUAAAUCUAUUCAUGAACGUACUCGAGUUGAGUGAGGAUUUGCUGCUUUAAGUAGAGGUUGAGAACAGAAUAAGGAGA